AUUUAUUAUUAUUAUUUUGUCAGCGAAAACCACUCGUCUGUGUUCCCUUUUAAUGUGCGCUAAUAAUCCAUCUCUUCACUCAUUGCAUCUCCCUCUCCUCUCAUGACUCCCUCCGCCACCACUUCGCGGCGGCGCCGCCCCUCAUUAUUACUCUUCACAGCCUUCACAAUCGCCCUCGUCGCUUCGCAGAUCCCCAAUGCAGCUGCGGGGGAGAACGACGUCGACUUCAGAGGCAUCGUUCGCGAUGCCAGAAACCUCACAUUCGAGAACCCUAGCCUCCGCCGCGCCUACUACGCCUUACAGUCGUGGAAGCACGCCAUUUUCUCCGAUCCGUUCAACUUCACCGCGAAUUGGACCGGCGCGGACGUCUGCUCCUACGGCGGCGUGUUCUGCGCCCCCUCGCCGUCGAACGCCUCUGUCAGAGUUGUGGCGGGAAUCGAUCUCAACCACGGCGAUAUCGCUGGUUAUUUGCCGGAUGAGCUAGGGUUGCUCACCGAUCUGGCGCUUUUCCACAUCAAUUCCAACAGAUUCUGCGGUGUUGUUCCUGAUACUUUCAAAAAAUUGAAGGUGCUUUUUGAGCUGGAUUUGAGUAACAACCGUUUUGUUGGAGGAUUUCCGAAGGUAGUGCUGUCGCUGCCGUCGCUGAAGUUUUUAGAUCUCCGGUUCAACGACUUCGAGGGAGGAGUUCCGACGCAGAUUUUCGAUAAGGAAUUGGACGCGUUGUUUUUGAAUGACAACAGAUUCCGGUUCGGAAUCCCGGCGAAUCUCGGCAACUCGCCGGUUUCGGUGCUGGUGUUGGCGAACAACAACCUCGGCGGCUGCAUUCCGGCCAGCAUUGGGAAGAUGGGGAAGACGCUGAACGAGCUGAUUCUGAUGAACGACAAUCUGACGGGGUGCCUGCCGCCGCAGAUCGGGAUGCUGAAGGAGCUGACGGUGUUCGAUGUGAGCUUCAACAACCUGCAGGGGCCUCUGCCGGCGGAGAUCAGCCGCAUGCGGAGCCUGGAGCAGCUCGAUGUGGCGCACAACCGCCUCACCGGAGUGGUACCGGCCACCGUCUGCCAGCUGCCGCGCCUCGAGAACUUCACCUACUCCUUCAAUUACUUCACCGGCGAGGCGCCUCAGUGCAGCAGAUUCGGCGGCGGCUCCGUCGCUGACGGAAAGCAGAAUUGUAUUCCGAGCAAGAGCAACCAGAGGUCUGCUAAGGAAUGCGCCUCCGAUGACGCUAAGCCGUACGAUUGUAGAAAAUCCAGCUGCUUCGUCGCCGGAAGGCCAACGCCAACUCCAUCACCAACGCCGAAGCCCUCGCCUAGGCCAUCUCAAGCUCCGUCUCCGCCUACCUCCAGGUCUUCGCCGACUGUUAGGUCGCACCCUCCGCCGCCUCCGGCACCAUCCACGCCUCAGCACACACCGCCGCCGCCUACUCACAGCUCCUCUCCGGGUUCGCACUUCCGCUCUCCUCCGCCACCUGUGGAGCAUCAAUAUUCCCCACCACCACCUGACCAUAAAUCCUCCCCCACCACUCACUAUAGACCACCUCCACCUCCCCUAGCUUCUCCGCCGCCACCGGUUCAAUACUCCGCCCCUCCUCCGCCACCACCCUCACCGUCGCCUCCUCCACCUUCACCAUCCCCGCCUCCGCCAUACGUCUACACAUCCCCUCCACCUCCACCACCAUCACCCUCCCCACCUCCACCAUACGUCUACACAUCACCACCAUCACCACCACCACCUUCUCCUUCCCCGCCACCACCAUAUGUCUACUCAUCACCACCCCCACCUCCACCUUCACCUUCCCCACCUCCGCCAUAUGUCUAUUCAUCACCACCACCACCACCACCUCCACCAUCAUCGUCCCCACCUCCUCCUUAUGUCUACUCAUCCCCACCACCACCACCACCACCUUCACCCUCCCCGCCUCCGCCCUAUGUCUACUCAUCCCCACCACCACCACCACAAACACCUUCUCCCUGCCCACCAUCCCCACCUCCACCAUAUGUCUACUCAUCUCCACCACCCCCACCUCCAUCACAAUCCCCACCUCCACCAUACAUCUACACAUCUCCACCACCACCACCACCUUCCCCAUCCCCUCCACCACCAUACGUCUACACUUCACCUCCUCCCCCUUCACCCUCCCCACCUCCACCAUACCACUACACAUCACCCCCACCACCCACCACCACCCCAGAAUGCCCACCCGUAGCAUCCCAUUCCCCACCACCACCAUCUCCCAAACACUCAUCACCGCCGCACAAGCACUCAUCCCCACCACCUCCGCCGCCGGAACACAUUCCAUUGCCACCAAUAACAGGGGUGUCCUACGCCUCCCCGCCGCCACCGGUCAUUCCAUACUACUGAUCUCCCUUCACAUUUUCAGUGCCGUCAAAAUCCUCAAAAAUGACAGCGAAUCAAAACGGGGGCAAACAAUUUACCAAUUAUUGAGCUGUUAUCUCUUCGAUCAUGAGCUGUUAGUAUAGUUUAUCUUUAUUUUAUUUCUUUUUGAGAUUCAUUUUAUGGGUUUGUUUCUUGAAUAUUUUUUUCAAAUUAAGUUAUAUUAUUGGCUAUAUAAUAAUUACAUGUAUUAUUGAAGUGAUGUGUCGGGGAAGAGACUGCAUAAUUAGUUCAUUUUCAUACUAGUUGUGAUGCUCUCUAUAAAUCCCAAUCAUCAGUCCAAUUUUAUUCUCUUGAUCUAUCUGGAUUACGGUGUAAA